AUGGGUAUUCCAUCAUUUUUCCGGUGGUUGGCUGAACGCUAUCCGCUGAUAUGUGAGUCUCAAAUCGGUUCUGCCUCAGACAAGGUUGACACCUUCAAACUUCUGAGAUCAACUGAGGCGAAUAAUGAAACAUAUGAUGGACUUUACAAUGGAUUCGUCGCUCCGGAAGGAUUUGAUAAUCUCUAUCUUGAUGUUAAUGGAAUUAUACACAAUUGCUCCCAUAGUGACGCUAAUUUGUGUCAAAAUAUACACUCUGAAGAGGAUAUUUUUGUCUCUAUUUUUCAUUGUAUCACGAAUAUCGUAAACAUUGUCCGCCCUAACAAGUUGCUUUACCUGGCUGUCGAUGGAGUCGCCCCUACUGCGAAAAUUAAUCAGCAAAGGGAGCGUCGUUUCAGGGCGUCAGCUGAAAUGGAAAAUCAGAUUCUGGUCAUGAACUCGAUCGACAUUCAAAACGGAGUUGAGGAAAAACCUAAUACAGAUGAAUAUAAGUUCGAUCCGUUGCAAAUAACACCUGGAACGCCCUUUAUGGAACGCUUGACAUUACACUUGCAAUUCUUUGCUCAAAAGAUGAUUGCAGAAAAUAAAUCAUGGAAGAAUCUUCAGGUUGUAGUAAGCGGUUCUGAUGUUCCUGGAGAAGGAGAACAUAAAAUUAUGGAAUAUAUAAGAAACGACAAAGCUCGACGUCAUUUUGAGGCUAAUAAUAGUUCAGAAGAUGUUAAGGAAUGCAAAUAUACAUCUCAUUGUAUCUACGGUCUAGAUGCGGAUUUGAUUAUACUUUCACUAAUUACUCACGAACCCUUUGUAUGUCUACUUCGUGAGAGAGUUAUGUUUGGACAGAUGAAAAAUUCUACCAAGAUGAGGAUGAUGAUAAAUAUGAGCAAUUAUGUACUUUUACAUAUCGGUAUCCUUAGAGAGUACAUACUAAAUGAUUUGAUAGAAAAUCCUAAACUCAGAAAGGAUGUAAAAAUCAUGGACAGAGUCGUUGAUGACUUUGUAUUAAUUACAUUGUUUGUUGGCAAUGAUUUUCUUCCCCAUUUAUUGUUGGCAAAUAUACCUGAAGGUGGAUUAGAUGCUGUUCUUGGUAUUUACAAGGGAUACAUAACUGAGAGCAUAAAAUCUAAACCUUUAGAUAGUAUAUGGUUGACAUGUGAUUGUGGAGAAAUCAAUUUCGAUAAUUUUCUUUCAUUUAUUACCAGGUGGGCUAAAUAUGAAACCAAUUGCAUACAGAACAAACUGCUUGCAGAACCUGCAAAAAAAAAUGGUAAGGUAGAAAAAUCAACCAUAACUGUAGUAAAUAAUGCAAAUUUGAAGAUAGAAACUGACUUAACUGAAAUGAAUACUAGAUUUCCGGAUGAACCUAAAACUGUAAAUGAAUGGAAAAGCCGCUAUUAUUUUGCAAAGUUGGGUAUAUCUGACCAGAUCGGUGAUGGUACUCUCUUCAAAAGCGUCUCUACCCUUGUAAGUGGUUAUUUCGUCGGAAUUCAAUGGAUACUAUAUUAUUAUUACAGAAGUGUUCCUUCAUGGUCUUGGUCUCUUUCUUUCAAAUACCCUCCAUUCGUACAUGAUAUGUUGUUAUUCCUGAAGAACGCAAGAGUAGAAUAUAUUAGGAAGCAAAGGCAUAAUAUGAGUAUGUAUUCUACGUUAUCGCAAGUGAUGGAUAUGAAGUUUGACAUAUCCUCACCCAUAACGCCUUUGGAACAAUUAAUGAUGAUUUUGCCCCCAAAAGCAUCAUAUUUGCUACCGGAUGUUCUAGGUAAAAUUAUGAAUGAUCCUAAAUCCCCUCUUUCUAGAUAUUAUUUAACAAAAAUAGAGGUUGAUAUGGAUAAUACAAAUGUGAAAUGGGGAGGUAUAGCGCUACUACCUGCAGUUCCUCAUGGCCCCUUAUUAGAAAUUAUGAACCGGAACAUUCUGGAUGAAAGAACUUAUCCUAACUUCGAGAACCUAGUCAACGACGGUAUACUCCAUUACAUGGAAUCACCAUAUUUAACUGAGGAUGAAAAGGAACGUAACAAAUUUGGUUUGGCAAGAAUAUACUCUUACAAUGCCAAUUCAUCCAAAAAACUUGUUUCUUCUCUAAAAUUUUUUGAUGAUCUAGAUUCUUGUAAUGUGGAAUGUAAGCCUUUUUUUAACCCAGCGCUCAAAAAAGGUCACACCUUUCCAAACAAACUAUUACUUACUGGGGAUGAGUAUAAAGUCUCUCAAAUACCAAAGAAUUUGUGGUUUCCAUCGCUAUCGAUUCUUCCUUACACUACAGUGUACAAAAGGGGGGUAGAUGUCUUUAAUUAUAAAUCAAGACAUCCAAGUCUCUACCUGACUGUAUUUCAACAAUUAAAUGCUGAAGGAGUGAAAAAUUUACAAUCCGCAAUAAGGUCAAAUAUUGUUGCCGUUGGAUAUCCGUAUAAACACUUUGGAAAGUUAAAAUCUAUACUCACACCCUAUGUAAAGUUUUCAGAAUCAAAAUUAACAAUGACAAACUUGAACGAACUUAAAGAAAUCAUCUCAGAGACGGAAGCAAUAUUCGGAAAAACAGGAUUAAUAGUAGGGUUAAAAAAAGAACAUGGUCCUGCUAAAUCUAAUAAUUCUACAAUAUAUCAACAAAAUUCCCACUUGCUAUUUAAAAUAUUUCAAAACAUUCCUGGAACAAGUAUAACUCCUAAUUUGAAGUCAGUAAAGCUAGCUAACAUGAUGAAUCUGGAUCAUAUUUGUGAAAAUGUCGUUGUGUCAUAUUCUCCUCUUGAUAAGCACAUGCGAGAAAUGAAAGAAAUUAAGUAUACUCUUCUUCCUCUUGUAACAUUCAUAGAUCAUGUAGAAUCCUCCGCAUUAAAAUUGCUUCUCGAACCGCAAAGUGAUGCAGGUACUAAGAUGCACAACACAACCAUAAAUCAAGUUAAACAGAUGAUAGCUCUUCGUGAAGCCAUAAGAUCACAUGAAUUGUUACAUGGAAAGUACAGUAAACCAACAAUUAAAGCCGUUUGCCUAAUGGAAGGAUCGAUGUAUGGGCGUGUUGGUAUAAUUGAUACUGUAGGACAAACUUUCGAUACUAUUGCAGCUAUAUUUGAUAUACCUGAUUACAAAACUACUAUAGCUGAAAGUGCUGUUAUUGAAUUUAAGCAAUUCCUUGUCAUACAGCAAGAGAUUUCAGAUUCUGCACAUGAAUGGACAACUUUUGAUGAAAUUUGCGCUCUGGCAAAUAUAUCUACAACUGUAGCUAACGUAAUAUUUCAGAGCUUGACUGUUGGAAAGUAUAAACAAGAUAUUGGGAUGAACCUAGUUUCCUGGGAUUAUGAUGAGAAGUGUCCACUCUCUUUACCUGGAUAUACACGCAUAAGUGAUUCUAUGGAUAAUGAGAUCGAUUUGGUUAGAAUGGUAUUAUAUUCUAAACAAUGUGUGAGAUUGGUUGAAGAGUAUUAUAAUAGAUUCCCCGAAUUGUUUUCAUUUUUAGAAGUUGUAGAACUGAAUGAUAAAAGACAUAUAGUACUCAAUCAAGUUUAUCCUGAUCUUAAUGAGGAGCAGCUUGAAUUUAAAUUAAGAAGUAUUGAAAAGUUUGGUGAAUCUCAACCUUUCAAAAGGCUCAAACUUGUAAAGGGGAGAUACAGCUGUCUUUCUGAAGAUAGAGUUGAGAAGAUAUGCGAAAUGUAUGAUGACGCCCAGAAGGAUAAAAACCUCUGUAAGGAAUAUUGUAAAUUUGUCAGAGUACAACAUUUAAGGAAUUUGCAUAUUCCUGCAUACAAUACACAAAUCCCAAAUCAGGAUCCAGCUGAUCUAUUUCUCGGUCAAAGUGUUGUUUAUAUUAAUCAUAACGAAACUAUUCCGUUGGGUACAAAGGGAACAAUAGUUGGUGUUUAUACAGAAGACAAUAACCGUUCAAACACAAUAAUUGAAGUUAUUCUAGAGUCACCUAUUGUUUCCGCUACAGACUUGUUUGGAAGAUGCAGAAAAAUGCGCGGAGUGUUUGUGAAUCCCUCAGAUAUACUCACUUUAUAUCCCAGACAUGUUUAUAACACAGAAGUUUAUACAUCAAUAAAUUCUCACUAUGAUAGAAAUAAUGCAGGGUUUGUAACCUAUGUUUAA